AUGAAUUACCGAGAAAACGGCAAUAAGGCAUUUGUUAAUGGAGAUUUUGAGACCGCACGGCAAGAAUAUACUAAAGGAAUUGAAGUUGCAUCUGAAGACCCACGAUUAUGGUCAAACCGUGCACAAACUUUUAUUAAACUCGGGUAUCCUGAACUUGCGAUAGCUGACGCCAUUAAUGCCCUCUCUCUCAUUGAACCAAAGAUUAUUAGUGGCAAAUAUGAGGAUGCUGAUCUGGUAUUAUUUUGUAAAAGCGGAUGGAGAAAAGCGGAGGCAUUGGCCAAGAGUGAUGAAUAUGGGUCAGCAGCAAUAGAAUUGGAGAGAGUGUUUCAAAUUUGUAAUAGGCGACCAGUGGCAGGUGUUGAUUGGAAUGCGUGGGAACGUGAAAAGGAUCAAUACUCUAAAAAACAUUAUCAAGAUAUUACGCUUUUGAAGAAUAUGGGCACAGAUCGGCACAUAUUGGUCGAACAAGUUGGAAAAAUUUACAAGUUUCCAAAUCGUGGAGCUUACCCGUGGGAUAUCCGUAGUCAAGAGCGUUGCAGCAAAGAGAGUCUCGCUUCUGUUCAGAAACUUUUGGAAAAGAUCCCUGGAAAGAGCAUCAAAGUUGCAUUAGUUAGCUUUCCUGAUGUUUCGCAAGAAUACGAAUUUGGAAUAAUAGCAACAAAGGAUAUAAAAAAAGGAACCAUCUUGCUUGACGAAAAACCUCUUAUUUCAGUUCAUUCUCCUCGUCAACGCAAUGUGCUUUUUGCAACAAAUCAAUCAGUUCAAAAAACUUGGGAGUUGUACCAUCGUGCUAUUUGUGGAAAAGAUCUUAAUUCGCAGUAUGAAAUUGUUAAUAAAGAUUCUAAAUCCUCUGGCUCUUCUCUUCUAAUUGUUCUCAAAAUAUUUGCCAUUGCUAAACAACGAGAUAUUUGUCCCUUGGACAUUGAAGAGAUCAAGCACCUUUUUCCCUUCCGACAUUCGACUGCGAAGAUUAAACCCAAUUGUAAUUUAUUUAACCCUGCGACAGAAACGGGACAAUUAUAUCCUAUAAUCUCCCUUUUCAACCAUCAUUGUGAUCCAAAUGCCAGUCUUAGAGACGAUAUAUCUAGAGCAAUUCGACGAGGGCAUGACUUAAGCAUCUCGUCAGUAGUCGGUAACACUGUAAAAACAUCCGGCAGUACUAAGCGAACACGUCAAAUUCUCGAAACGACUUACGGGUUCCGUUGCAGGUGUUCUGUGUGCGAAUCUUCAUCUAAUUGA